CCCUGCCCACCGGGCGGCGAUUAAAUUGGAUCCGCUUUCGGCCCAGGAAGGGAAUUGAUCGCAUCGGACAUUGCGGGCCCGAUAGGAAACGCCUUAAGGGACGGGACUAACAGGUCCAAGUGAGCAGGUCAGAAACGGCUGAUUCUGACCGCAAAAGAGGCAGCACAGAGCAUAUUCCCUGUCACUCAUCGAGGCGGGGCAGGAAAUAAGUCCCAUCAUCUCAGAGGAACCGGAAUUGGUUGUCUCAAGCCGGAAGUGGACAAUUUCUGGUCCCUCCCAGAACGGAAGUGAACCCCCCAGACCGGAAAUGUGUGAUCCUUUCAACAUGGAGCUGGUUCCACUCACCAGGCUGCUGCAGGGGAAGUGGGUGGUGCUGGCGGUCCCAGGAGGCGGGACAUCCUGUCCUCCAUGGGACUGCAGUUCGAGGUCGUACCCUCCCACUUCCAGGAGUCCCUGGAGAAGGCGAGAUUUCCGGCUCCGCCCGAAUAUGCCUGGGAGACAGCAAAGCUGAAGGCUCUGGAGGUGGCUUCGUGGCUGCUCAGGGACCUGCACACUCCUGAUGUCAUUAUUGGAGCUGACACCAUCAUGGCCGUGGAUGGCUUCAUCCUGGAGAAGCCAAAGGACAAGGAUGAUGCCUACAGGAUGCUGCGCAGGCUGAGUGGCCAGCAGCACAGUGUCAUCACCGGUGUGGCCAUCUUGAGGCCACUGUGGCGGAGGAGGCAGCUUCAGGAGCCAAGUUCCACAUGCCCAGAGGCCCCAGAGGCGGAAGGGGACCCAGAAGCAGAAGUGGAAUUGUCACUGUUCCACGAAGAGACCCGUGUGACAUUCUCGCGGCUAUCGGAGCCACUGCUCUGUGAAUACGUGGAGAGCAGGGAGCCUCUGGACAAGGCUGGCGCCUACGGGCUUCAGGCGCGAGGUGGUGCCCUAGCAGAGCGUGUGGAAGGAGAUUUCUUCAAUGCCGUGGGGUUUCCACUCAACCGCUGCAUUCGUGAGCUGGCUGCCAUCUUCCCGGAUGUGGGACCACACGUCCCUGUCAGCCAGCGUCCGGCCACACCCCAAUAAUGAGGAUUGUAGAUGGAGAGUGAGUAUGUGAGUGACUGUCUGGGCGGGAAUUCUGGUGAGAGAGUGACUGAAGGGGCGGGUCUUCUGGUGAGUUUGUGAAGCAGUGACCCAUUUCCCAUGAUGCCCUUGGUGCAUUGUGUUUGAUUGACAGAGCAAGGUUCCCUCAAGUGCAUCACUUCCCAGUGCUAGGACACAGGACAUGGGGUGAGGUGUGUGGAGGCAGGGUUGGGACAGGCCCACCUAGGGGAGUACACCUAAACCCGCCCCUGUGGCCCUGCCCCUCCUGAUGCCCCGCCCUCACCAUCUCCAUGGGUCCUGCCCUUGCCCCCACUGGGUCCUGCAUGAGCAGCUUCACCAUCAGAUGCCUGUGAUGGACAUUUGACAUCAGGAGCAGGGUCAGGGGGGGCCCCACCCCCUGCCCGCACUCUGAUUUGCAUAUUCAAGAGCUGCCUGGAGACUCAGAAGACAUCAAGUACAGAAACUGCUGGGGUUAAUUUGCAUGGCCACACC